AAAUAACUUCUCCCCAAAAACGUAACAAAUCCGCACAGCCACACGCCACCGUCCUCCUCCUCCUCCAUCUCCCCCGCGGGCCCCCCUCACCCCAACCGACCCGACCCCAGAAAGAUCGACCACCGGCGGCGACGGCCAGGCGCGCCGCAGCAAUGGAGGUGGCCUCCCCCUCAUCCUCCUCCUCCCCGCCGCCCAACCCCAAGUCGCGCCUCCUCCGCCUCAACCCGGCCGCGCUCCUCCUCCGCCCCGUCCCGCCCUCCACCCCACCCCCACCCCCAUCCACGCCACCCCCCUCCGCCGCCCCACCCCCUCGCCCCACCGCCGCCCACCCCCUAAUCACCUUCCUCUCCUCCCUCCUCCCCCACCGCCCCGACCCCCCCACCCUAUCCGCCACGCGGCGGGCGGCGGACGCGGACGCCGACGCGGAGCUCCAGCUCGUCGGCUGCGCGGUGCCGCUCUUCCGCCCCUACGUGGCGCGCCUGCCGUGGCACGGCGGCGCGCGCGCCUGGCUCUCCAAGCUCUUCCCGCGCUACGGCCACUACUGCGGGCCCAACUGGUCCAGCGGCAAGGAGCAGGGCUCCGUGCUCUGGGACCGCCGCCCCGCCGACCACCUCGACUUCUGCUGCUACUGCCACGACAUGGCCUACGACACCCACGACCAGGCGCAGCUGCUCCGCGCCGACCUCGCAUUCCUCCGAUGCCUCGAAGGAAGCCGCAAGACGCCAGCGCUCGAUGGGGUUGCUGCUGCCGCGUACUACCGAUCCAUGUGCCUAUUCGGGCUCAAGGCCAUACUGAUACCCUACCGGACCAACCUGGUGCGGCUGCAGACGGGGCCCAAUUACGCCGACGCCAUUACCGAUUUCAUGAAGAGGAUGGCCUCGUCUUCAGGAAGGGCGACGACCGGCGGCGAUAAACAACGAUUAUAAGCGGCAGCGUCGUGAAUUGCUCGGGUGAUUGAGAUGCAGCAGCUUGCAUAGUCAUGUUUUGAUGAGGAGCCCAUUUAUUUAUGUACUAGCUACCCCUCUUCCGUUUGGCUAAUUGGUAGUCGCUCCUGAGAAGUUCUUGAAUGUGAAUAUAGAUUAGCACAACCACAUCAACGAUGUGGCUUAAUCAGUGUAACUUAGAAUAUGCAAGGAAUUGCGACAUUGUUAUGCUGUUGGUUAUAACUGGUCUCAA